CCCAGACUGGGCCAUGGCUUGGGGCCCAGUGAGCGACUACUCAGGGCCCUUUUCUGCAUCUGUCCAUCAGGUGGAGCCAGCACCUUCUUAGAGGAAAUUCGAUUCUGUCACACAUGGCACAUUGCCCUGUUGCCUGGCAACCGAUUCUGGGCGUCGCAAACAUCUGGGAUCCCAGGAGUUUGCGGGUAAGGUUGUGUGGGCCUGCCAUCAGCCUUGGAAGAGAGCGCCUCCCACUGUGUUUUAUGCCAUGCCACGCACCCAAGAUCCUUUCCAGCGCCCCACGGAUGACAGUGGUUCCCAUUUGGGGCACUUGCAGACUUCCAAGAAAGAGCCUCCUAAGAACCCAACUCACCUCAUUCAGUACCAGGACCCCUGGGACCGGCUCAACUCAACUCUCACAGUCACCUCCAUGAGAAGGGGGAUUUGGUUUUUUGAUCCCGAGGUGCCUAAGGAUGACCUGGAUUUCCGUUUAGCAGCUUUAUAUGAUCACCACACUGGAUCAUUCAAGAACAAAUGUGAGAUACUGCUACAAAAGGAAACCAUCCAGAAUAGCCACAGCACACCAUCAUCCAGGCUGCAAUUCCCUGGAGAACACCAAACCCCACAAACCUUCAUUAUCCAAGAUAACAUCAAAAAGUGGGUCAGCCCCAAAAAGGAAAGCAUCCACAGUAUCCAGGGGUCCAUAGUAUCCCCUCAUACUGCAGCCACAAAUGGAGGCUACUCUCGAAAAAAUGAUGGUGGCUUCUUCUCCACCUAGUGCUGACAAGACUCUCUGGACCUGGAAAUAAUGUAAUGCCCUGCUGCCCACCUCCAUUAAAUUGAUCUGUGCAAGAGGAA